GCGGGAGGAAAACAGGUCGCCCGCACCCCACCCGCGGCUGCGUUUGUUUACUACAGUGUCUGCCUCUCAUCACUCCUUCCUCCAGGGGGUUGGUACUUGCCGUCACCGUUUCGGGGAUGAAAAGAGAGAAGGGCGACGAGAUGCAGCCGCCCAGGCGGGCCGCGAGCGCGCAGUUGAGAAGAUGAAGUGAAAAUGUAUGUGACGUCCUUGGAGAAGGAUCUAGCGCUCCUUAGGCCUAAUGAGUUCUCGUACCCUAGGCCAACUCUGCCUUUAACAGGUGGAAACAGAUCGAGUCCAAGGACCUCACGGCCGGCUGCCCCCUAGUAUGGCCAAUGAAGAGGAUGACCCAGUCGUACAGGAGAUCGACGUGUACUUGGCCAAAAGUCUGGCAGAGAAGCUCUACCUGUUUCAGUACCCUGUGCGUCCGGCCUCGAUGACCUACGAUGACAUCCCGCACCUUUCAGCCAAGAUCAAGCCCAAGCAGCAGAAGGUAGAGCUUGAGAUGGCUAUCGACACCCUGAACCCCAACUACUGCCGUAGCAAAGGGGAGCAGAUCGCGCUGAACGUGGACGGCGCCUGUGCCGAUGAGACCAGCACGUACUCCUCGAAGCUGAUGGACAAACAGACGUUCUGCUCCUCCCAGACCACCAGCAACACGUCCCGCUACGCAGCUGCGCUCUACAGGCGAGCUCCUAGCGCCGGCCCCAGCCCUGUUCCUGUGCCAGGCGAGCUCCACCUGACGCCCUUGCGCGGCAUCCUGCAGCUGCGGCCCAGCUUCUCCUACCUGGACAAGGCGGACGCCAAGCACCGCGAGAGGGAGGCGGCCCACGAGGCCGGAGACUCUUCGCAGGACGAGGCAGAAGAAGAUGCGAAGCAGAUCACGGUGCGCUUCUCUCGGCCGGAGUCGGAGCAGGCCCGCCAGCGCCGCGUGCAGUCCUACGAGUUCCUGCAGAAGAAGCAUGCGGAGGAGCCCUGGGUCCACCUGCACCACCACGGCCUGAGGCAGGACAGCCGCUCCGAGCAUGAGCGCCAGUACCUGCUGUGCCAGGGGCCCAGCGGCAUUGAGAACACGGAGCUCGUCAAGUCACCCAGUGAGUACCUCGUGAUGCUGAUGCCGCCCAACCAGGAGGAGGAGAUAGACAAGCCGGCUGCCCCCAGCCACGUCCUGUCCAUGGCGCAGCUGCGUGCCCUGCCCCUGGCUGACCAGAUCAAGACCCUGAUGAGGAAUGUGAAGGUCAUGCCUUUUGCCAACUUGAUGAGCCUCCUGGGCCCUUCCACCGACUCCGUGGCCGUUCUGCGUGGCAUCCAGAAGGUGGCGAUGCUGGUCCAAGGCAACUGGGUGGUGAAGAGUGACAUCCUGUACCCCAAGGACACCUCCAGCCCUCACAGCGGCGUGCCCGCCGAGGUGCUCUGCAGGGGCCGCGACUUUGUGAUGUGGAAGUUUACGCAGAGCCGGUGGGUGGUAAGGAAGGAGGUGGCCACGGUGACAAAACUCUGUGCGGAGGACGUGAAGGACUUCCUGGAGCACGUGGCCGUGGUGCGCGUCAGCCGCGGCUGGGAGUUUGCGCUGCCCUACGACGAGGACUUCGUCAGGAAGCAUCCGGACGUGGCCCGGCGGCAGCACAUGCUGUGGACCGGCAUCCAGGCCAAGUUAGAAAAGGUCUAUAACCUCGUGAAGGAAACCACGCCAAAGCAGCCAGAGGGACAGUCAGGGCCUGCAGGGCUGGUCUCUGGGGACCAGCGGGUCCAGGUGGCCAGAAGCAAGGCCCAGCAGAACCACACGCUGCUGGAGCAGGAGCUGCAGCGGAGGAAGGAGCAGGCCCGGGCGUCCACGGUGCUGCCCGGGGUGCGGGUCAAGGAGGAGCCGCUGAGUGAGGAAGGAGAGGACGAGGGGCCCAUGGACACGUCGCCCAGCGCCGGCCUCCACAACAGGCUGGCCAACGGGCUGCCUGCCGGGCGGGCAGCGGGUGGGGACAGCUUCAACGGGCACCCGCCCCCCGGCUGCGCCAGCGCCCCGGUGGCCCGGGAGCUGCGGGCCUUCGUGGAGUCCACCUUCCAGAGACAGUUCGUGCUCACGCUGAGCGAGCUCAAGCGCCUCUUCAACCUGCACUUGGCCGGCCUGCCCCCAGGCCACACGCUCUUCAGCGGCAUCUCGGACCGCAUGCUGCAGGACACGGUGCUGGCCGCCGGCUGCAAACAGAUAUUGGUGCCUUUUCCCCCACAGACGGCUGCUUCCCCGGACGAGCAGAAGGUGUUCGCCCUCUGGGAGUCUGGAGACGUGAGUGAUCAGCAUCGACAGGUUUUGCUUGAGAUUUUCUCCAAAAAUUACCGGGUACGCCGGAAUCUGAUCCAGUCUCGGCUGACUCAAGAGUGCGGCGAAGAUCUGAGCAAACAGGAGGUGGACAAAGUGCUCAAGGACUGCUGCGACAGACAGGAGAGCGCCAGCGGAGGCGGAAGCAGGGUCUCGGUUGCUUCGGAAGACACGGAGUAAGAGGGACCGACCAGCCUGGGACCUGUGCUGCCACUCUCCAGUGAACAGAGGGGGGCAGACUCGGCCUGUGGCAGGUGGUCCCAGCAGAGACCCUGGGACCCCUGCAGCACGGUUCGAAAUUCCUGAAGCAUUGCGCUCAUUCCUUGUUUGCUACGUCACAGCAGAGUGCACAUCGACACGGGCAGGAUGAUGAAAAUCAUGGAUCAGUGUUUUACUUUUCAGACUUAAUGCCAACAAGGUCUAAGUUAUGUUUACAAGAUGAAGAAAACCUCAAGGUUUUUAAUAUUUAAAAUACCUAGAAGCCAAUAUUUAGUCUUUGAUGAUCUAGCUGCUAAGACUUCUGCCGGUUUCAUUAAACAAACCAAAUUGAAUUGUUUGACCGUUGGGUUUCUGUGGCCACUUUACUUUUCAAACAACCUACUUAAUGUAGCAGUCUCCACUGUUUACAUGAACCAUAGCAAAAAAAAAUCAGUCAAAUCCAUCUAUUAACGUUUGCAUAAGGAUGCAAAGAAAACCAGGUAAGUAUGGAACAAUGUAUAAGUGAAGUUAUCACUUUGAUGUAAAAAAUUUAUAUUUUGUGUAUUUUUAAAAUAAAUGCUAACACUCACCUGG